ACAUUCCAGAGACAACACAGGUUUUGUUUUGCAUCAUCAUCAUCAUCAAAAUCCGAAACGACGAGGUACAACCUUAAACUCAGAGUGGUGUUUCUACUGUCUUUGUCACUCAGUUACCGAAGAAUCUAGGGUUUCACAGCUUCUUCUCUCAAACAAAUAUGAGUCGUCAUCCAGAGAUCAAGUGGGCGCAAAGGUUUGACAAGGUCUAUAUCACGGUUCAGUUGCCAGAUUCCAAAAAUGCAAAAGUGGACCUUACUCCUGAUGGUGUUUUUACUUUUUCUGCCACUGCUGGUGCUGAAGGUCACCUGUAUGAGCUCACGUUACCACUCUUUGACAAGGUUAAUGUAGAGGAGAGCAAAAUUAAUGUAGGGGUGAGAGGCAUAUUCUGUGUAGUUCAGAAGGCAGAGAGUGAAUGGUGGAAAAGGUUACUGAAAGCCGAAGGGAAGACUCCACAUUAUGUGAAGGUUGAUUGGGAUAAGUGGGUGGAUGAAGAUGAAGAUGCUGGUGGUGAUGUGGACUUGGGAGGGAUGGAUUUCUCGCAAUUUGGUGGUGAUGAUGCAGUGGGUGAUGAUUUUGAUGACUUUGAUGAUGCACCAGACUUUUCAAAUUCAAAGCCUGAAAUACAAGAUGGCAAUGAUAAGGAGGGAGAACAAGCUGGCAAAAGCGCCGUUGAGAAUGCACCUUCAAGCACAUAAUAUCAUUGCAGUUCAAGAUCUUAUACUCGAAAAAUGCGUUUAGACACUCAGUGAAAUUUCAGUGUUACUGUACUAUCAAUUGGUAGCUGUUUAAGUAGAGAUAUCAAUAUUACUAUUGUUGUGUCUCUAAACAUUAGCUCUUAUUAUGUGUCAGCUCCUUCAAUUUGAAAGUAGGAUGUUGUACAAUUGAGGUUUUUAUUUAUUGAAGGAAACGCGGUAUCUGGAUUUCUAUA